AUGUCCAAUAUCCCUUCCUUCGACCCCUCGUACUCAAACAAGCAGCCGAGACUGCAAGAGCCGCACACCUAUGAUGGAGCCUUGGCGAGGAAUCCAUGGCCGAACACCAUCGAGCGAUCGAUGGUUCCCGAGACCACCUCCACAGUCACUGCGUCAAACCUCCAUGCCUCUGUGGGGCCCUCGGGAAGAGCUGUCAGCGACGAAGCGAUCAUGCGAGUACCCCAAGCGUGGGGUAGCUGGGAGCAUUGCCCAUUCGGUCCCGGUCCCGAGGGCAACUUUCCCACUCCGUCUUACCAUGGACGGCCCGGAGGUCAACUGGCCCCAUUUCCGGAUUACCGAACUCUUGGAACGCCUGAUGGGGCUCUCGCCGUAGCCACCUCGUGUGCCGUUGCGGUUGCUCAUGGGAGUGGGGAUCAAAGUCCUUAUGGUACAGCCCAAGGCACUCAGGGCCAGGAGACACCAUCGUAUAGCUUGGCCACAUCGCAGUUUGCGGUCAGCUACAACCCCCCCAACUUCCAAUAUGGGCUUCCAGUCCCUGACAACCAGCUCGGUGGCUCUUUGGAGGUCUACGCCCAGUCACAGAUGGUACUCGACCCUCCAAACCUGCCAAUGUAUUUCCAGGAGUGCAAUUUAUUAUCCGGCCCAUCGAGCUAUCAAGAGGUUGGGGGCAUUAUCGACGAUGGGAGUGCCUUGAAUGCCCUUGACACCGAGUCCGAUCUCGUUUGCUUCGGCAUGCUCGUAGGCAUUCCCGGGACCUGUCGGCGCCGUGCUUUGGCUGAAACAUCGGGCUACCCUAUCAAGCUCGAAACCCCGGAAUCCUUUGUUGGGACAAAGGAUCCCAACCUCAAGGGAGACGUGAGCCCUGACUCUACUUAUCUCACAACAGCCCUCCUGGAGGAAUUAACCCUCGAACUUCAAGUCGCUUGUACCGUGUCGAUAGAUCCGCCCAAGUUGAUGAGCAACGGCAAGCCUCUCCGUGUGUCAGGCCUCACAUCAAAGUGUUCUCUGGACAUCAUCCUCUAUGGGCCAAUUGAGCUCUCCGACGCCAUUUGCACCUUCAUCGAAGAGUGCAAUGAAUACCUUGAAGACCAACGCAAGUUGUACCUCCAGGACCCGGUUGGCUGCGACCGGAAUGUGCGAUACUGCAACCCGCACAGACUGCCCCCGUUGGAUCCGGAAUGCAUUCAGUUCACGUUUGAUCUGGCACACAAACGACAGAACCUCGUGGAGCUCGAAGAUAUUGAACCACGACCGGAGUUAAUGGAAAUCUUGAACUCUCAGGAGGACUUACCAGAAGCAUUGCAGCCGCCUGCAAUAGCAACGUCGCUAGAGAGGUAUCAGAAGCAGGCCUUGACGUUUAUGCUGCGAAGAGAGCAGGGCUGGGCAUUUGACGGGGCGAGACCAGAUAUAUGGGAGGCGGUAGAAAGCGGACGGGGGCAUUGCUUUACAAACCGAAUAUCAGACGCCCGCCAAAUGGAUGAGCCCCCAGCCUUCUACGGAGGAAUCAUUGCGGAUCCGAUGGGCUUUGGAAAAACACUCACCAUGAUUGCUCUAGUCGCCUCGGAUGCCCACCACCCGACGUUCAGUGAUACGUCUGCGGUUUCCGGGGUUCUUGGAGAGGAAUCUUGUGGGCUGACAUUAAUUAUCGUCCCACCACCGUUACUGGGCACUUGGGAGGAAGAACUCGCAACUCAUGUCGUGCCUCUGGGGCUACCAUGGCGCUUGCACCACGGCAAAUCGCGUCUGACGGACCCCUCGGAGCUCCAGGACACGGCGCUUGUGCUUACAACCUACCACACAGUGUCUACAGAGUGGCGAAACGGGAGCGGCCGCGAGUCUUCCGUGCUGUUCACGACCCGGUGGAGGCGAGUGGUGUUGGAUGAAGCACACUUCAUCCGCAAUAGCGAAUCGCAAAUGGCGCGAGCCGUGUGUGCCCUCAACUCCGUCUCACGCUGGGCUGUCACCGGCACUCCCCUUCAGAACCACCUUAACGACCUGGCAGCCCUUCUCAAGUUCCUCAACGUCUACCCCUACAACGAGAAGCGUGUAUUCGACGCGGACAUCUCGCACCCGUGGAAGGCCGGCAACGCUGACGAGGCCGUCAAGAGACUGAAGCGCUUGGCAGGCUGUCUUCUACUCCGCCGGCCCAAGGGGACGGUCCAACUACCACCGAGGCACGACCGGGCAUGUCAUGUCGAGUUCCAGCCUGUGGAGCGGGAGCUCUACGACCAAGUCAGGACACAGGCGAUUGCGCGGUUCGACGAGGCGCUACUGCAAGGCAACCAUGAAACGAGAACGGCGUCUUUUGUCAGCGUUUUGCAGCAAAUCGAGGCCAUGAGGAUGGUCUGCAAUCUUGGACUUCUCUACCCGAGUAGGCACGACACGUCCAGCAUGACAGGGAAGAUGCCCGACAUGGAUAACUGGCAGGAGACUGCCCAGCGUGGGUUCAACCUCCGCUUCGAGAUGGGCAGCAUCCUGUGCCACUAUUGCCCCUGCACUCUCGACGCAACCUGCAAUCCUCUCGGCGAUACAGAGUCCACGAAGCCUCUCUUCGCCCAAUGCUUGAGGUUCAUCUGCUCGAGCUGCGUCCAGGGACUGGCACACAGGAUCCAGGCACUCGGGUGUGGGCAUAACCCGCCGUGCCCUAUGGCUCCUGUAUCAACAAGCGCGUCGAGUUUGGAGGAGUCGCCCCUUCAGAUCUCACUCGGCAACGUCGUAGGAUCUGCGUAUCUUCCUACAAAAGUGAAGGCUCUGGUCGAGGACCUGCAAGCAUUGCCUGGCGAUGUCAAGUGUGUCGUGUUCUCAACUUGGAGGAUGACACUCGACGUGGUGGAGUCAGGGCUCAAGCAAGCAGGCAUUCUCGGACUCCGGUUCGAUGGCAAGGUCCCGCAAAGGGACAGACAAGGAGUUGUUGAGCGAUUCCGCAAUGACCCAACCAUUCGUGUACUGCUGUUGACUCUCUCCUGCGGAGCAGUUGGGCUAACGCUGACUGCCGCGUCACGGGCAUACCUGAUGGAACCACACUGGAACCCAACUCUUGAAGACCAGGCACUCGCAAGAAUCCACAGGAUCGGACAAAAACGAGAAGUGACGACGUUGCGUUUCUACGUCCGGGACUCCUUCGAAGAGAAUAUCGUCAAGAACCAGCAGUUCAAGAGGGAUCUUGCGGGCAUUCUGCUUGCGCCGAGCGGGGUUGCUAUUGACAACAUGGGACAUUUGAAGGUAGCGCCUUCGGGCACUCAUCUAGCAUUCUCCCUACUGGCCGGUGGCUCAGGACUUCGUGGGUGUAUUGCUGCUUCGCCGAAGGGCUCCGCUGCAACUCGCAACUGCCGUCGCGUGGAGAGCUUCAAGGUCACCAACAUGUUCCACGGCGCCAAAAUUGAGCUCAAUGUCCGCUGCUCAAAGGAUAUCAAAUGUCAAGGUCGUAAAGGUGAUGCAAGACGGAAGGGCGCUGCCAGAAUCGUGGGUUACGGACAUCCAGGCGGGUGA